CGUGAGCUCGCGCCGCUCCCCGCCCGUCCCUGCGAGCGCCGGGCGGCGACGGCGGCGGGAUGGGGCGCGAGGAGGGGCGUGCCCGCCGCGCGUGAGGCCGAGGCGGAGCCGCUGCGCGGGCGAGCGGGACCCCUCGACGGUGUGAUGGACAGGUAGCAGAAGAUUUCACUUUGAUUUCCAGGUAUCAGAAUGACCGAGUGCUUCCUGCCUCCCACGAGCAGCCCCAGUGAACACCGUCGGGUAGAACACAGUGGGGGACUCGCUCGUACUCCCAGCUCUGAAGAAAUCAGUCCUACAAAAUUCCCUGGACUGUACCGCACUGGUGAGCCUUCACCGCCUCACGACAGCUUACAUGAGCCUCCAGAUAUAGUAUCUGAUGAUGAAAAGGAGCAUGGGAAGAAGAAAGGAAAGUUUAAGAAAAAAGAAAAAAGAACGGAAGGUUAUGCUGCGUUUCAAGAGGACAGUUCCGGUGAUGAAGCUGAAAGUCCUUCCAAGUUGAAGCGGUCCAAGGGAAUACAUGUCUUCAAGAAACCCAGCUUUUCCAAAAAGAAGGAGAAGGAUUUUAAAAUAAAAGAGAAGCCCAAAGAUGAAAAACACAAGGAAGAAAAACAUAAGGAAGACAAACACAAAGAGAAAAAGUCAAAAGACUUAACUGCAGCAGAUGUUGUAAAACAGUGGAAAGAGAAGAAGAAAAAGAAAAAGCCAGUUCAAGAGACAGAGAUACCUCAAGUGGAUGUUCCAAGUCACAGGCCUGUGUUUGGCAUUCCUUUAUCUGAUGCAGUAGACAGGACCAUGAUGUAUGAUGGCAUCCGCCUGCCAGCAGUUUUCCGUGAAUGUAUAGAUUACGUAGAGAAGUAUGGCAUGAAAUGUGAAGGCAUCUACAGAGUUUCAGGAAUAAAAUCAAAAGUUGACGAGCUGAAGGCAGCCUAUGAUCGCGAAGAAUCUCCAAACCUGGAAGAAUAUGAGCCCAAUACAGUUGCCAGCUUGCUCAAACAGUACCUACGGGAACUGCCCGAAAAUCUGCUUACCAAAGAGCUCAUGCCCCGCUUUGAAGAUGCUUGUGGAAAGAGCACAGAAGCUGAGAAAGUUCAGGAGUGCCAGAGGCUGCUGAAAGAGCUGCCAGAGUGUAACCAUCUCCUGAUUUCUUGGCUGAUUGUGCAUAUGGACCAUGUUAUUGCAAAGGAACUGGAAACAAAGAUGAAUAUCCAGAAUAUUUCUAUAGUACUCAGCCCUACUGUCCAGAUCAGCAACCGUGUCCUGUAUGUGUUUUUUACACAUGUUCAAGAGUUCUUUGGAAAUGUGACCCUCAAGCAGGUGACAAAACCUCUUCGCUGGUCAAAUAUGGCAACAAUGCCAGCACUUCCAGAAACACAAGAGAGCAUCAAAGAAGAAAUCAGGCGACAGGAGUUCCUUCUGAACUGUUUACACAGAGACUUGCAGGCAGGGAUAAAAGACUUAUCCAAAGAAGAGAGACUCUGGGAAGUGCAGAGAAUCUUAACAGCUCUUAAGAGGAAACUAAGAGAAGCUAAGAGACAGGAGUGUGAAACAAAGAUUGCACAAGAAAUUGCUAGCCUUUCAAAGGAGGAUGUCUCCAAAGAAGAAAUGAAUGAGAAUGAAGAAGUCAUAAAUAUUCUGCUUGCACAGGAGAACGAGAUUUUAACAGAACAGGAAGAGCUGCUGGCCAUGGAGCAGUUUCUGAGGAGACAAAUUGCCUCUGAGAAGGAAGAAAUAGAUCGGCUCCGAGCAGAAAUAGCUGAAAUACAAAGUCGCCAGCAGCACGGCCGCAGUGAAACUGAGGAAUACUCUUCUGAGAGUGAAAGUGAGAGUGAAGAUGAGGAGGAGCUGCAGGUGAUCCUGGAGGAUUUGCAGAGACAGAAUGAGGAACUGGAGAUCAAGAACAAUCACCUGAACCAAGCGAUUCACGAGGAGCGUGAGGCCAUCAUUGAGCUGCGGGUGCAGCUCCGCCUGCUGCAGCGCGCCAAAUCCGAGCAGCAGGGGCAGGAGGAAGAGGAGCCGGAAAAGCGUGGGGGCGUUUCUCAACAGCAGAGAGACCCUGUCCUGGAUACAAAAGCAGCCAAAGAGCAGCCAAAAGCAAGCAAGGAGCAGCAAGUCAAGCCAUCGCCAAGUAAAGACAGGAAAGAAACUCCAAUUUGAUCCGGUUCCUUGGCUAUGCAUAAAAUCAACCGAACUGUGCAAAUUACUGUAAUUUGAGUCAAACUGCACAAAUUACUGGUGGCUGUGUACAUUCUGUAAAGAAACUUUUCUUUUAAGCCCUGGAGACUUUUGUCUCUAAUACUUAUGGCUUCUACUCAUCAGACUCAGGUGAGUUUGGAGAGGCCAGAAGAGUUUUCCAGUUAGAUUAUUUCAAGACUGGUUUCCUUCAGGUGAUUCAAAAUAAUUCAGUAACAGUUUUAUUUCAAACCAAAAUCAUUAUUUACAUUCACUGGAACAGAAUUGGAAGAUCUUAUUUUCAGUAAACAAAACAAAACCCACCCACACUUACUAAUGA